AGAGUGCGCCGGUCAGAGCAGCGCAUGCUGAAAGUGUGAGGUUGAGCUGCACGUGAACGCUAUGGCAUCGACACAAGAACCAGAAAUCAUCUUCGCUCAAAAACUCGCGUCCAACGAAAAACCCAUCAGGAGUAAAGCUUUACUGAAGCUGAAGAAAUACAUCAGCGUGCGCUCAGAGAGAGCGGAAGGUGGAUUCAGCGAUGAGGAGCUGUUGAAGAUAUGGAAGGGACUCUUCUACUGUCUGUGGAUGCAGGAUAAACCUCUGCUGCAGGAGGAACUGUCGACCCAAAUAUCUGGACUCCUGCACAGCUUUCGCACCAUUGACAGCCAGUUCCUGUAUUUUAAAACAUUUCUUCUAACAAUGAAGAGAGAGUGGGUCGGCAUCGACAGACUCCGAAUGGACAAAUUCUACCAGCUUGUGCGCUUUGUCUUCAGACAAGCAUUUGAAAUGCUGAAGAGAAGGCAAUGGGAGUCCAGUGUUGUGAGUGAGUUUCUCAAUCAGUUCUCCACUGAGCUCCUGCAGAGCUCCAGUGCUGCUCCAGCUGGACUCAUUCUUCAUGUUCUAGAACUCUAUAUGACCGAACUGGCUCUCAUUGGCUCAGCUGAGCUGACAGCAGAGCAGAACCAGACGUUCAUUGAGCCUUUCUGCAGGAGUAUGGCCAAAACCAAAGAUCGAGUUCUGUUGAAGGCCAUCGGCAGCAAUAUCUUUGGCACCAUCAUUGAUCAGGUCCCAUAUGCCAUAGAGGAUCUCAUGAGAGAGAUUCAUCAGGAUGCAGGAGACGAGUCUGACUCGAGUGAGGGAUCUGAAAACGAGGAAGAGCUGAAGACUAAACGCCCUGCCAAAAACUCACAGAAAUGUAUAGCUGCAAAUGCUAAUGGUCCUGUGGAAGACUCUGAAGAUGAGAUUUCACUUUCAGACUUGGAUACUAAAGAUGACUUUACAUGUGGACCUGUUCUUCAGUUUGACUAUAGUGCAAUAGCCAACAGGCUCUUUGAAUUGGCCAGUCACACAAAUAUCUCAAGCUUCAACCGAUCCAAGAUCUACAAGUUUGUCAAAAUUUUUCGAGACUUGAGUGAAGGUGUGUUUCCUCAAGAUGAAGUGGAGGAUGUGUCGUCUGAUGAAGAUGAUGAUGAUGAUGACCACAGGAGGAAGAAGAGGAAGAGAGGGAAGAAAGGACAAACAGAAGAGGAGACACUGGCAAAGAAAUCCAAAGCUUCAAAAGGCUCCGAGACGACUGAAUCAAAGGACACUGGAACAUCACAAACAAAUAAAAAAAAGAAGAAAAACAAGAAGAAAAACAAAAAGAAGAGAAGUUUGAAGAGCGUUAAAGAUGAGAAGACCACAGAAGAUCAGCAGAAAGACACAGACAAAGCCAGAGCAGAGGAGGCACAGACAUGUGUAGAUAUCACCUCUACAGAAGACAUCACAGAGAACAAACAGACAGAAACUUCUACAGACCUUCCUGAGAAUAAGGCGCUUUCAGAGGUGAAAAUGACAGGAGAAGCUCUAGUGAGCAGCACAAACGCUGACAGACAGUCAGUGACUUCAGCCAAUGGAGACCAGCAGACCAACAACACAGAAAAUGCUGCUGGUGCCACAACCAGAAAGAAGAGGAAGUACAAGAAACAAAAGGCAGAACUUCUGGAUGCUCGGGAGGCAGAAUUUAACAUUGAAAACAACCACAGCACAAACAUGAACUCAAGCAUCACACCUACUGACAAACAGUCGGAUGCUCUUGAUCUGAAACUGCUGAAGAAACAACAGAGGAAGAAGAAAACAACUUCCAGAGCAGAUGAGGUGACAUCAGAGGAAGUAGCUGACUGCUCAGAGACAGCUGAAUUCAUUCCUCCUGUACCGCUGAAGAACAAGAGAAAACUGAAGAAAAAGACUAAAGACACUGAUGAUGAAGUAAAGGAGGCUGACUGCGUAGAAAUGGAGACAGUCACAGAAGACACCAUCUCAGCCAAGGCACCUGAAGAAGCGUCCAGUGUGGAGGAAACAACAACAAACAUUUCUGCAGCCAAACCUUCAAAAAAGAAGAGGAAGCAGAAAAACACCUCCACUAAUGAGCAGUCAGAGGCAGAUGCUAAAUAUCAGCCCGAUUCAGUAAACGGCAACUUAGACCCAUCACGAAAAAGACCGAAAAAGAAAAACAAAAAGGAAGGUUUCGACUCAGAUGGUCCAGAGUCGGAGGGCAAUGGAGAUUCAGAGAGCAUUCAUACAGAAAAUGUACAAACCGAUCCAGACAGACUUGAACAUGCAGACAUAGCUGCAGGAAAAGUGAGACAAAAGAAGAUGAAGCAGAAAGCAGCAGCAGGUGUGGAGUUGAACGGAGACUCAAACCCUGCUGACCAGAUCAAACCGGGGAUGAAGAGGAAGGUGAUGAACGAACACACAAAGACGACGAGUAUGAAGAGACUGAACAUCAUCAGUGAAGCUAAAGAGUCUUCACUCCCUGAAAACAAGAAAAAUAAAGGGUUUAUGUUUUGCCAGAAGAAAACUCCCACUCCCCUGUUCUGUAAAGCUGCAGGAUACAGCACACCUGUGUCUAAAAAACAGUUUUUGCAGACUUCAAAGUCAGAAUCAAAGAAGGUUACUUUCGGACUCAAGAAUAAUAAAACGAUGGAGUUCAGGAAAAUGGACCAAAGCUCACUGGCGAGUCCUGCCGGUCAGUCACGUGUGCCGUUUGACCCCAAGAGGACGCCAAAGUCUGGAGUAUUGAAGACACCAUCACCAGCUCUCAUGAGAAGAACCAUAGCUGCAGAUUUCUUUUAAAAUAAUAAUAAUAAUAAAAAAAAAAAUAGAAAUUAUUGUUCUUCAAAUUGAAAUGCAGUGUAUUAAAGUCUCAAUUGAAAACAGUGGACAGCGAGACUCAAAUGUCCUUAAAUGGUUCAACACAGUUGUGAAAAUAUAUUUUAUGUUCAGUUUUAACAUUUUCUCAUGUUUUUUUUUCCCUCCGAUGUGUAAAGUGAGUUAAAAUGUUUUAAGACAUUUGCCAUUCAUUAAGGAGGCUUUUCUUCUUUGGAUCUUUGGAAUGUUUCAGUGUUUCAUACGGAUCUUCAUAAGGGGUCUAAUGAGUGAACGUGGAUGCUUAUUAAAAAACUAAAAUCUACCAUAAACCAAGUGGCAGAAAAAGAACGACAUACAGUUUGUGCAGAAUCAUAUAACACAUGAGAAUGUCAAACUGUCUAUUGAGUAAAUGCUUAACACGAAAGAAACUGUACAUGACCUGAUGAUAAUUGAGUCCUGUAAGAUUUGUCUUGAGGCUUCCUCAUGAAUGUGAUAAAAGCUUCUUUAUAUCGAUACUUUCAUACAAUGAAUAAAACAAAUCCUCUGUUUUCUUGAUUAA